AUGUCUAUGCGGCAAGAUCCAAGCUCCUCGGAUCGCAGUUCAGACAAGCAAACGUUUUUGGCUGAACUGGACGUGGCUGAUUUGACCAAUCCACUAUUAAACACGGUCACCUAUUCCGAUCUGAAAUAUUGGUGCACCGUAUUCUAUUACGAGUUGAACACUCGAGUCGGGGACGCAUUCCACGCCGGUCGAUCAACUCUCACCAUUGAUGGAUUUACGGAGCCAUGCUAUCGGGCGGAUCGAUUCAGUCUGGGCAGUUUGAGUCAUGUAGAUCGACCGCCCCAGGUCGAAAUGACGCGAAGACAUAUCGGUCGCGGGUUGAGACUGCAUCACGUCGGAAAUGAAGUUUAUUUGGAGUGUUUAAGUGAUGCUGCAAUCUUUGUGCAAUCACCCAGUUGUAAUCACUAUCACAACUGGCAUCCAGCCACGGUGGUCAAGGUCCCACCCAAAUGCAAUCUGAAGCUGUUUGACAGUCGUGCGUUCGCUAGCCAGUUGGCAGAAUGUAUUACUCGCAGCUACGAGUCCGUAUUCGCCUUGACCCAUAUGUGUGCAAUUCGCAUCAGUUUUGUGAAAGGAUGGGGAGCGGAAUACCGACGUCAGACUAUCACCAGUACACCGUGCUGGAUCGAAGUGCAUUUGAAUGGACCUUUAAAAUGGUUGGAUCGUGUUCUGCGACAAAUGGGUUCUCCUACACUUCCAUGUACCUCUGUAAGCUGA